AUGCGAUUCUCUCUGUCAACGAUGCCUCUUGUGGCUUCCAUCGUGCUCAAUCUCAUUCAUGUCAAGGCAUGGCCAGCAAUGGCCCAACAACUUGCUGAGAUCUCUCGCCGCGCGCCUCAAGCAGUAGCCCCAGACGUCCCCUUCGAUGGCGACAUCCAAAGGGUUGGUCUGGGAGAUGUCAAANACGGUGGCACCACUCCCGUCGGUACAAGCGUCUACAACAUCCUCAUGGGAACGGAAGCUGGGGAUUCAAGUGUGGCUGGUUACAAGCCGCCUGGCAUAGUUGGAACCAAGGCAUGCAAAGCUGACACCUGUUGUGUAUGGUGGUGGAUUUCACAAGCCAUGACUGUUGCAUUCACCGGACCGACGGGCAGAUGUAAUGGAUUUGCUCGUGCAGCCAUCCGGUUAGGCUUCCACGAUGCGGGCUCAUGGUCAAGCUCUCUUGCAGCUGCUGGUCAAGACUUUGGUGGCGCUGAUGGAAGCAUCAUCCUAUCAGGCACUGAGAUCAAUAGAGCAGACAACAACGGCUUAGCAGCUAUCGCCAAUCAGGCUCUUCUCUGGUCCAAGCUGUUUAACGUCGGUGUUGCCGACAUUAUUCAAUUCGCAGCUGCUCAUGCAGUCGUUACCUGCCCACUAGGACCUCGCACCCGAGUCUUUGUUGGACGUAAGGACAGCACCAAAGCCGCUCCCGAAGGCUUGAUGCCUUCUGUCACGAUGACUGCAGACCAGAUCAUCAGUCUCUUCGAGGACAAGACUAUCCAGCCUCAUGACCUUGCUGCUCUUCUCGGUGCUCACAGUACAAGCCAACAGUUCAAUGUUGACAAGACGAAAGCUGGCUUCAGUCAAGAUUCUACAGUGANNCCUGGCGUAUGGGACGUCGCCUUCUAUAAUGAGACGUUGCAACCGAGAACAAACAGCAAGGUCUUCAAAUUUCAAAGCGAUCUUGUUACUGCAAAUGAUUCGAGGGUUAGCGACGAGUGGCAGAAGUUCAUUGGGGAUCAGAGCCACUGGAAUGGGUGCAGGNACUAUGCUUCCGCCUAUGUCAGACUGAGCAUGCUUGGUGUCAACAACAUCAACAAUCUGACAGAAUGCACAAAAGUCUUGCCGGCUGCGAAACUCACAUUCCCAGGGGCAUCUACUCCUGGCCUUCUCGGUUGA